UUUCUCUUAUCUAAUUGCUCUGGCCCAGGGUCAUUUCUAUCACAAGGUCCUUUCAAUAUUUCAUACCAGAUUUAGUUGAGGGCUUCUGUUUUUCUGAGUUUUCCUGAUUAUCCUAAUUUAACAAGACAUAUGGAAUAGUGCCCUAUACCCACCCGACAGUCUGAAGUUCUAAGCCUCAGAAUGAAUCCCAGGCUAAGGUGUUGAAUGUCCCUACCCACAUCCCAAAAGCUUCCUGCUUGCUUUAAGGUGGCCCUGUGACUCUGGCAGUCAUUUAGCCACCUUGAGCUCCAGUGUCCUCAUGUAUGAAGUCGGGUUUAAGGUCUUUUACCUUGUGGUGGUUCUGAGGAUUGACUGAGAUAAUGCCCAGGAGUGCUCAAUAAAUGUGAGACUUCCAGAUCCUAAUUCCUUUCCAUUUCCCCCUCCUCCCUCUGGAAUCUUUCACUGUGACAUAAGUAGAUUCUGGGAAUGAGAUUUUUCUCAGAAUCAGGAUUCCAACAGCUGUUGGUAGGGUGUGAGGAGUGGAGAGGACCUCUUGCCUUGCCAUUGAGGGAAGCUCUUUGUUUCUAGUAUAACUGUAUCUUUAGGGCAAGAUUUGUCAUCCUCCCCUUGAGAGGAAAAGGUCUAUUUGUGCCAUUUGCUGACUCAGGAGCCAUGAGGAGACAUAUGGUGUCUCAUUCUUGGAUGCGCUUGAAGAAGGAACUGGGGCUGUACCAGCUCUCCAUGGAUAUCAUAAUGAUGAUCCGAGUGUGUAAGAUGUUCUGCCAAGGCCUCAGGGGAUUCCAGGAAUAUCAAAUCAUUGAGCCUGUUUACAGAAGAAACCCUGUCUUCUUCUUCUGGGAUAAAAAGAAGCAAGGGCGAAUUACAUUUGACACCAUGGACUUCAUUGCAGAGGAGGGUCACUUCCUUCCAAAGGCCAUUAAGAUCAUGCAGAAGAAGCCUUCCUGGAGGGAGGAGCAUGAGAUCCAGGUCCUUUGCAAUGUCCUGCAGUCUCUGGAUAGCUUCCGAAACUAUAAAGAGCCCCUGCAGCUGCUCUUGGCCAAGGUCAUGGGCUUUGAACAGUUUGGUCGCAGGCGUGUGAUCAUCAAGAAGGGGCAGAAGGGCAGCAGCUUUUACUUCAUCUACCUAGGAACACUUGCAGUGACAGAGGAUGAAGAUGGCAGCAGUGCCUUCCUGGACCCCCACCCGACAUUGCUGCAGAAGGGCAGUUGUUUCAGGGAAAAGCCCCUUCUGAAUGCAUCAGUAAGGUGGGCCACUGUGGCCUGCAUGGAGGAGACAGAGUUCCUGGUUGUUGACGGGGAGGACUUCCUUGCUAAUAAGCUGGAUGAGGAAAUUCAAAAGGAUACUCAAUAUCGAUUUGAGUUCUUUAGGAACAUGGAUCUGUUUCAGUCCUGGUCUGAUGAGAGGCUCUGGCAGCUAGUAAUCCUGGGCAAGAUAGAGAAAUUCUCAUAUGGCCAGCUGAUCACAAAAGACUUGGCAGAGUCAUCCUGCAUCAUGUUUAUCUGCAAGGGCAGCUGUGAAGUCCUCUGGCUGAUAGACCUUGGGACUUCCCCUUACUAUUACAAGUGGAUCUGGUAGCAUCUGGAGUUGAUAGAUGACAAGCCCCUGAGGGCUCACCUCAACGAACCAGAUCCUAUGGUGAGAUUUAAGGAAUUCCAGAUCAAAUCAUAUCCUGUACAGGACUUUAGUUCUUGGAAACUUCUGCGUCUCCAGGAAGCCAGGAAGAAACAGGGGAUAAGCUUCAGUGGACCAACCAAAACCUCAGGAAAUAGUCUCCCCAGGAUGCUGGGCCCAAAGAUCAAAUCCAAGUGUACUCAUUCAAUCAAAUGUUUCAUGCUUAAAACCAAGUUUGGUGAGCUCCCCAAGGAGGCAGCAGUGGGGGCCUACAUGAAAAUCCACACUGUGGAGCAAGGAGAAGUUAUGCUAAGUGCCUUCCUCCCAGAGAGCCAGUGUGACAUGUGACCCUUCAUACUGGUGAGCCUGGGAACUGAGCUGAUACAGUUAAGGAGAGAAAAAUUUCUUGAAUUGGUUGAUGAUGAGACAAGAAAAAAAUUGACAGAGAUGGAGGUUGAAUACCUCAGUGAUGAAGAACCGUGCCAGAGGUUCCUUAAGAAGAACAGCUGGAAUAUCUUUUGGAAGGACCUCAUUCAGGGGUUGGUAGAACCUCACCAAAGGCCUCCAUUCAUCCCAAUACACCCCCAGAAGAAAGGGAACUAACCUAAGUCUUUGGUCCUGGAUCUGUAUAGCAUCGACAAGAAGAUUAAACUAUGUCAUCUCAUUUUUUUGGCACCCCAGAAAUACCUCCCCCCACUUAGGAUUGUCCAAGCCAUCUCAGCACCCCGGCACAAAAUCCAGUAACUCCUGCCUCAGGCGGGUAAGGCCUUUAUUCGUCCUCGUCGCAAGGAGGUGCGGUCUCCUCCACAACUGGAACACAGCAGUCACCUCAGGACCCGGAUCUGCGCAGUUCUAGGGCCAAAAGUGGCUGAGCUUUCCGACCCGCCUUCUCCGGCCCUUGAUGAAACGACAUUCUGCUGCUGUCCGGAGGCCGCCAUUCUUCUCAUCACGCCUCGCUGCAGCCGCUGUAAGGCGCCACGUCCUCGACUGCUGGAGGGGGCUUUGCUAAGGCCAGCAAGGCUGGACCGGGAGACCCUUCGGUCUGAGGGGUUCUGGCUCCGAGGCCACCGCCGCCAUCAGGUCAUCGAAGUGGAGUGGGGGAGCGGUUCGCCUGUUCUUCAAAGCCUGGGCCCAGCCAGUGGGCAGUCACAGCGAGGGAUCGAAGACGCUGCAGGGCAGAGGCACGGCCCAUCCUCGGGCCCCCCAGGUCACCCACCGCCAUCGGCGGCAGGACCUGGAGGACCCUUGGGAAGCAGGCCGCGCUCUGUUUCUCACUGCACUCUGCCGGAACUGACUUGGCAGUUCUCUUUACUGGCGAGAAAGGAGCGGCACCGGAAGUGCUCUAGCGCCUGGGCCAGAGAGCUACGGUUCCGGUGUUACAACGUUCCGGCUGGAGAACUAUAG